AUGUCUCAUCGUUCAUAAGGUCCUCUUAGAGGACAACAUUACAGACAAGCUAAUUUAGCAUAAAUGGGAAUAAAGAUAAUAGAUUAGAAAAGCGAGUCAAUAUAUGUUGACUCAGAAGUAUCAAUUAAGAAACGAAAACAAAAGAACCCUCUAGAGAUUAAUCGUGGAUUAUAUAAAUCAUAAACAUAUAAGGAAAUUUAUAAAUAGGAUUCCUAAAAACAAAAUGAUAAAUUUGAUUCUCCUUUGGAUUAAUCUCUUAAUUAGCCUCUUUAUGUAACAAAUAAAUUUUCCAGUUCUUUAAGAAAAUUCAAUGUUCAUGGAAUCACAAAAAUAUUUAUUUAGAAAUUAUUAUACAAUCUAAGAAUUUUUUAAAAAUAAUAGAAUCUCACAAUGAGAUUUCAAAAAUUUUUAGAAGAUAAAGCAAGUGAUACUAUUAAUGAAGAAUUAGAAAAUAAGGAACAUUUAAAUUGUAAAUUGUUUUUAAAAGAUUCUUAUGAAAGAACUCUCUUAGAUUUGAGUUUAAUUAUUAUCUUAAUAUCAUAUACUAUUUUGGUUCCAAUAUUUUGUAACAAAUUUGAAUUGUAAUUAAUAUUUGGUAUGACUAAAUCUUUAUGAUAGUAUUUUUAUAUUCAAUUUUUAAAGUUAUUGAUUACAAAACAUGUUGCUUUAUCGAUUUACCAAUAAUUUGUAUCAAUAUAUUGGCUUUGUAUCAAACUCCCUUAGUUUUUACAAACAUUAUAAAUGUGAUAAAAAUCUAUUAAUUAUUAAAGACAAUUAAUAUUUUUACUGAAAAAAGAUUAAUAGGGUUCACUUUUUCAAUUUUGACAAUGAUAAUGCAUGUUAAUAAUAGUGCACUAUUUUGGAAAUAUUUAUUAGAAGAUGAUUUCGAUUACCAAUAUUUAUUGAGUGAAUAAAUUAAGUUAUUAUUUAAUUUUGAAAUGGAAAUAAAGGAUAAUAACUAUUAAAUUUAUAAUUCUAUAAAUAGAAUUUUAAGCUUUUUAGUAAUAUUAUACUUUUCAUAACAAUUCUUAAAUUUCCUUAAAUUACCAAAAAAUUUAAAAAAGAAAGAGGAAUUAUUUGAAUAAUUAUUGAGUAAAAAUACAAUGAGUAAAUAGCCUUUUAGAAUAUAACAUUAAGUUAGAUAAUUAUUAUGGUCAAAAGUUUAGAAUUACAAAUAAGUAGAUUCACACCCUAUUUAGUUUGAAUUGAAUUUUCCUAAAGAAUUAAGAAGAUCACUCAAUUUACAUAGUUAUUUGGAUAUUAUUUAAAAAUCUACAUUCAUUAAAUAACAAUUCAGUCCAUAGUUUUAAUAAAGUUUGUCAGAAUUUGUUAAAGAAUAGAUAGUGGAAUCAGGUGAAAUAAUUUAAGAAGAGAAUUAAAGUGUGAAUAAAUUAAUAUUUUUAUUGGAUGGAGAAUUAUAAAUAAAAAUCAAUAAUAAAAGAAUAUAAUUAAUGAAAAAAAACAGUAUAAUAAAUUAAUAUGAAUUUUUUGCCUGUUAAUUAUCACCUUGUAAUAUAAUAGCAAAAUCUAGAUGCAAAAUUAUAGUAAUUGACUAUUAAUAGUUUUAUGAUUUAGUUAGUAUGCAUAAUCAAGAUUUUCAGAUAUACAGAAUGUGGUAUGAUAGAAUGAUACAUUAAAAAUAAAGGUGUGUGUACAAAGUAUUCAUAUAUAUAUAUUUAAAAAUAGGUUUGUUAUAUUUGUAUGGAUAAUCAUCAAACUUGUAUGUGUCCGGCUGUGUUUUAUUAACCAAAUUAUAAUAAAAUUGUAUCUAAUAGCACAUAUACAGUUCCCAAUUUUAGAUUAAAAUAUCAUAGAUUUGAGAAAAAAAGAUUAUCGUCUUUGAUUUAAUAAAAUCUAAUAAGCAUUACUGCAGUAAACUGGGCUCAAUAAUUUAAUUUGAUAUCAAAAAAUACAGAAUUAGUUGAUUAGUGUUUAGGUUAGUAGGAUAGAGAAGAAGAAUAUUAAUUAUUUGCAGAUGAAGAUCAUACAUCAAAAUAUCUUACUUAAACUUAUACUCAUCAAUAGAGCAUUAAAUCUCCAAAAACAAAUAAAACUGGAAUAACUGGAAGGGAAAGAGAUCGUGUACAUACAGAUUCUAACAUUAAUCGCACCCUUACUAUAAGAACGUUGAAAGCUUCUGAAAAUGGAACUACAAGAUUAAAGCCAAGUAAUGUAAAUAGUAACAAUGAUUCUAUUGUUGUAAGUAAUUCUCCUUCUCCAUUAUAAUAACCUAAUAAAGCACCCUUAAUGCUUUUUACAAAAGAAUAAAUAAAAAGACAAUCUAACAUCAGUAGUAGCUUUACCAUUGAUAGAGGUUAAGAUAAGAAAUCUUCAUUACAAUCCUAAUAAUAACCAGUUCAUUCAACAAGUAUUUUAUAAAGUAAAGAGAUUGUACAAUAAUUGUAAAGUAACUUAGGCAGUCCAAAUAUGCUUAAUACCUAAACUAAAUUCAAUGGAAAUGAUUUCAGUAUCAAUUUGCAUCGAUCCGAUACAUAACCUAUUGUAAAUUAUCAUUUUUAAAUUAGUUUUCUGAAUUAAUUGGAUCAGUCGGUUAAUUAAUAGUGAUUCGAGAUUUUGAAAACAUGCAAUUCUAUUAAUGGUAUUUUCCAAAUCAUAAUUACAUAAUUGUAAUUGAGAGAUUUAGAAAGUUUUUAAGUAAAAAAUUCAAUAGUAGAUGA